AAUUGCCGGGUUAACGUAGGUGUAUAGUUUAUUUAACUUUAGGUAACGUCUGGUUAAAAACGGUUAAAUUAUAACAAAAGAAUUGUUUAUAAAAUUAUAUUGACUUUUGAAGAACCUUUGAAUAGUCUUCUUUAUUACAGAGGCGUGCAACCUAUUUGCAGAAGUAUGCAGCCAACAUCAAGAGAUAUCAUAUUUAGUAAAACGAAACUAUUUGCUGAAUUAUAUAAGUUGAAAACUUUACAAAAAUUAAAAGAUUGCCGUUUAAUAUUUCAAAACAAAAUAUAAAAAACCGGAAUUCAUUUUCAAGUUUUACUUCAAUACAUGCAUAUUUAUCCCUAAAUCACGUGAGAUAAAGUAUCAGAUCAGCACUUGAAAGAGAAUAUUUACGCAGCGCUUCAAUGAAAUGCAAAAAUGGCUUCUUGAAAAUGAAAAAUUCUCUGUUGCGAACAUUUUUACAGUUAAGAAUAAAAAAUGUUUAGAAUAUCAGCUUUUUUACAUUUUAUAUACGCAUUAUUCUGGUUGCUGUCAGUUACCAAAUUGUUUGCUAAAGAAUGCGCACAUGGAGGAAUAUUAGAAAACAUGAUUUUAGAAGGAGGAAUAAAUUCAAACAAACACACUAUUAUAAAGGGGAUCAACUCAGUCAACCUUUGUAUUAAUAAAUGUUGUACCAUAAAAGAAUGCGACUUAGCAAUGUUUAAAAGAAACAUUUGUUACAGCGUCAGUUGUGAUAAAGAAAAUUCUUGUCAAAUAUCACAUUCCAGAAAUAAUUCAAUUGAAAACGCUAAAAUUGUGUUUAUGACAAGACCAAGAGAAGAGGCUUCAAGGCAGCAUACAAAUAUACAGCAUGUGCUGUACCAAAAAAAUGAGAAGAAGUGGGAAAGUCCACAAUCACGCAUAGAACGUGAAGAGGACGAACUCGACGAGGCGCUAAUAGAAUCAGGUGAUGAUAUAAAUGAUCUAACAAGUGGUAGUGGAAUAACGGUUGGAAAUGAUACAUUGGAAAACGAAAAAAUCGCAGAUUCUAGCUUAGAAACAGAUGAUUCAGAAGGAUCGUCAAAAGAUCUAGAGAAUGAAGAAACAGAGUCGGAGUUUUCAGACAGCGACUUUGAAUCUGGCGAUAGUUUAUUGACAAAAAAUAACAACGCUGGUGUUAAAAAACAUGAAGACGAGAACAAAUUUAAAAAUCAAAUAGAGAAUUUAAACUUUAAAUCAAAUAACAGUAAACAGCAAUAUAAGAAGGAAAACAACACUAAACUAGAUAGCACAAUAUACCAUUCUUCGUUGAAAAAUACUUCAUUAAACGCGUUUAAGUUGAUGCAAAACCUCUCUUCUUCAAAAAAUAUUAGCAAUGAAAAUAAAACUUUAAACGACCAUCUCAAACACUUCAACAGAACAAAAAAAUUAUCUCAUGCUAAUUAUUUUUUACAAAACAAUUUAUCAAAUUACACUCCAUUAAAGAAGAUGGAAAAAAAUGUAACACAAAUUUUUAACUUUAGUCUACCCGCAAAUAUAAGUAAGUACAAAAGUAUGCCAACAAAUAGUCAAAAAUUUCAAAUUAAGAAACAAUCAGGUAAAAAUAUCACUAAUAAUUUUCUAAUUAAAUCAAAAAGAUUAAACGACAAAGGUAUUAUUAAGAAUAAAGAACUAAAUAACAGCAAAAAAGAUAAGCAUACAAAGUUUAAUACUAGCAUUACUGAUGAUAAUCAUAACCUUAAUAAUCUUUGCAGUAAUGAUAAAGUUUAUCAAAAAGACUCAAAAACUCUAAAUAACAGUUAUUCAAAUAAAACAAAAUUUGCUGAAAAUUCUCCAACAAUGCUGCAUAACGCUUCAGCAAAGCUAUAUAACGCACCAUUAAAGUUGUAUGACGCUCCAACAAUGUCAUAUAACGCUCCAACAGUAUUAUAUAAUAAUCAUACAAUGAGGAGACGAAUUGAUCUGCUAAAUUCAAACAAUGAAUUUAUCAGCAACUUUACAAUAUAUUCCCCUGCGAGAAUUUCUUCUCCAACCCAGGAUUCUUUUGUUACUGAAAUAUCUACUGAGUUUAAAAACGAGCAGGAUAAUGCAACUUAUCCUGUUGAAGAUGAAACUGAUGUUAUCAUAACUCCAGACGGAGUAUUAUCAUCAAAGUUAGAUAAUAGGACAAACGAAUUUAAAAAAGAUAAAGAAAAUAGCAUAAUCAGUAACGAUAAAGAUAAUCGCAAAAUCAGUAACAAAGAUAGUCGCAAAAUCAUUAGCGAUAAUGAUAAUCGUAAAAUCAUUAACGAUAACGGUAGUAGCAAAAUCAGUAACGUUUCUAAUUUUUUAGUAAGCACUGAUAGUCUACAAAUGAACGCCAUUAACAAUUCGGUAAAUCGGAGUUUAAUGUCUACUACUUCAAAAUUAGAUAUUGGCAAAGAAAUUUCUGGAGAAUCUGAAAGUUCGGGUGAUUCUGACAGCUUUGAUUCUGGAGAUUCAGGGGAGGAAGAUAAGUCAUUCAAAAAUAUAAAGGGAAUUUUUUCAGGAUCUGGUGAUGCGUUCAGUAAAGACACAGAGUACAAUCCAUCUGCUGAAAAAAUUGAAGAUGCGCUUGAUGAAUCCACCUCAAUAAAAAAAUUAAAUAUUACUCACUUUUUAAAAAGAAAAAACAAAGCGUCAACAACAGAAAAACCAACAAAAGAUUUGUUUUUUAUGGAGAUAGAAGACGAACUUUUGUCUGGCAACGGAUCCAAUCUCACAAGUCAGUUACAAGAUCAGCAAAGCUCCGGUGACAUCAAUAACCUUAUCACAGAAACUAAAAAUAUUUCAAAAUUUGCUGAAAGGAUGGACGCUCUAGAACAGGAUAGGUAUUGGCUCGAUAUUAUCAAUAAAACAGCUGAAACAUUGUUAAGAAAUAACUCCGUUGAUUUUUCGUUAAAAAAUGAAACCUGGUGGAGAAAUCAAUCAACUGAAAUGAACUUAUCAAUUAAUUCAAAUUCAUUGAACAAAACAGUGCUUAAGGAAAUCCCAGGUGAUAGUUUUAAAACAUCCUCAGAACCACUUUUAAAUUCUCUCAAUUCUGAAAACCUAACAUACAGCUCUAACAACAUAUUGAAUGAAACAAUGUCUCCAACCCCUCAAACAAGACAGUUAAGUCAACCUAUUGCAACCAUGGGAAUAGCAAAAACACAAGAAGAGUCAAAAGAAGAAACAUUUUUUAAUAAAACCUUCAUGAACCACAAUGAAUCUACAGACCAAAAAUUUUCUGUUGUUCAGAAUGAAACUAUAGAUGUUCAAGAUAAAACUACUGAUAUUCAGAACAAAACAACGGGUACUCAGAGUAUAAGUACAGAUUUUCAAAUUGAAAAUACAGGUUUUCAGGAUCAAGCUACCGGUUUUCGGGAACAAACUACGCGCAUACAAAAUGAAACUAUGGAUUUUUCUGAUAAAAGACUUUACGGAUCAGAAUACGAUGAGAAAAAUGAAAAUGCGUAUCAAACUUUUCGAGUAGCACCAAUAAGUUUAUACCCUAAAAUUGAAUUUUUAAAAAUUUACACACCUUCUAAAAAAAGUUUUUUGCCUUUCUUAAAGGAUAAUGGUUAUUAUAAUCACGGUAAGUAUUCUGAAGAAGAAGAAAUUAAUAAUGAACAAAUAUUUAAAAAGAAAAACGUUGAAACUAAAACAAGAGUACAACAGAGUUAUGACUCGAAAAAGAUACAAGAGAGUUAUGACUCAAUCAGCAGAGAUCUUAUACAACCCAAAGAUGAUAGUUUAAAAACAGAGCAAGAACAAGUUAACGGUUUUGUGCAUGCGUUUGAAAGGAAACAAAAUAAAUAUGAUACGGUAAACUUUGAUCCUAGAGUUCACUAUUUAGGUUAUAGUGAAAAUAGAGUAUCAGAUACAAGAGACAACAAGCUAGAUCAAACUUUAGAAUCUAAUGACAUACCUUUUUCUUCUUUUUUACCUGAUAGUUCAAAUGAAAAGUUUGAAAAUGUUGAUACGGACGGAAAAAAUCAAAUGUUCAAAACCCAUUUAAUAAAUACAGGAAUUCCAGCAAACACAAAACUAGGUAAAAUGUUAAUGGCCGAUCUAUCAGAAGAAGAAAGCUUAGGUAAUGCCUACAAUGAUCAACCAACAUUUAAAAAUCCUUUAGAGUUUAAAAAUUUUUACCAAACAAACGAAAACGGGUUAGGUAAAAUAAAUGGAGAAAUUUUAGAUCAGGAUCCAGUUCAGCAAAAUCAGAUUUUUGAUAAUGAAGCUUUAAAUGAUUUUAAAGAAUUUAAUGAACCAGAGAAUUCAAAUUAUAUGUAUUCAGAUAAGGCUUUCAAAGUAAAAGAAAAUUUUUUUGAAAGAAAAAAUAUUGAAAAACCAGAAGCCGUUUUAAAACCUGUGUCUAAAAAGAAAGUUAGAAAAUCUAGAACAAAGAAUGAAAAAAACAAAAACUAUCAAAAUGGGAACAAAAAUAUAUCGUGGAAAACUUCAAAUGGGACUAAAAUAUUUCCAAUAAAAACAAAGAACAAUGGCCCACAUAAAAAUAUUAUGCCACAAUCAGAAAACACCCAAUAUUCAGAAAACACACCGAUAUCCAGAAUGUUUCCAAACAAUUCAUCUCCAAGCAAAAACUUUUCCAAUUCAACACUCUUUAAAACAAAAUCGUCACGGGCUGACAAAAUCUCUGAAACAAAAGCAAAAAAAGAAGAAAAUAAUAAAAAUGACAAACUAGAAGAAACAAACUUUACUAAAAAAAAAAUUAACACAGAUUAUGCCAAUAAAAAAGAAAAAGAAGAAGAAAAUGUGAUUCAGGGCAUUAAUAAAGAUAUCAAUGAAAAACAAUACAAAAUUUUAAACGAAAAGUUGCCUCAUGCUUCAAUUCCAUGGGAAAAAUUGGAUACGAACCAUAAUAUCUCUAUAAAUGCAGCUGAUGAUAAUGAAGGAAAAGCAAAAACAAGAAAAUUAUUUCAAACAAAUAAAGAAAAUAAUUUAUUCAAAGAAAAGCACAACCAUUUCAAUAAAAUAAAAUUGAAUAAAGCUAAUUCACAACCCAAUAAGAGUUUAAACCACAAUAAACCCAAAACCUCUAAUUCUCAAUAUGUCCGCUACGCUUUGUAUCGCAGCAAAUUUUUUCCGCCAAAAAAUUACAAUGCAAGAAAAAAUAUUUUCUCUAAAAGCACUGUCAAUGUUAUAAAAAAAAUUGAAAGUUCUUUUGAGAAAAUUCAAGGAAAUUAUAAAAAUAACAUUAAAGUUAACUCAAAAAAAAGUUUAAAUUUAAAACAUAAAUCUAAAGAAUUUAAAAAAAAAAAAUCUGAAGGAAUGAAAACUGUUUUUCCAAAAAAAAAUGCACUAGCUCAGCUCCAAGACCUUAUCACACAAGCUAAAAUUGGGAGAUACGAAAAUGUUGGAAAUGCGUUAAGCAAAAAGUUUCAAAAUAGCAAAAAAAAACAUUUUGGUGUUGAUGAAAGAAAUAUACAUCAAUCUUCAAAUCAUUCUAUAAAUCAAAGAAGAUAUCAAAAGAUUAAAGAAGUUCGAGAAAAAGUUUUGAGAAGAUUUUCAAGCAAUAACGGUACAUGUAGACAAGGCUUAACAAUACACGGGGGUACAUUACGAGGAGGAGUUCUUUCUGGAGAAUUUAAAAGUAUGGGAGUAGUUGAUACACAAAAGGCAUGCGUGCAAAAAUGUUGUAAAAGCGAUCGAUGCGAUGUUGCAAUGACAAUUGGCAGAGAGUGUAUUAACAUCCGCUGCUUCAAUAGAAAAUUAUGCAAUAUAGCGCCGGCAGGAAAUGUUGGUGUUUACAGAGACGUAUUGCCGGUGGUUACCUUUGUUAACAGACCUGUACAUAUUUUUCGGAGGUCUGAAAUACCACGUCCUUUGCUUUUUUCGGAACAAGAUCCAUAUUCUGUGUCCGAAAUUAUCCAACAAUUAGAUGAAAGUGAAUUUUCUGAAGUGCGCAAGAUUAUAGAUGAAAUCGAUCAUUAUUAAAGCUUAACCAAUUGUUAAGUAAAAGUUGUGAAGCUUGGACAAAUACUUAUCAAGCAAUCUAUGCAUUUGGUUAUUGCCAUAUAUUUCGAAGGUGUUGCCGCUGUUCACCUUGCGUCGACCUUUGUUAAUCCGUCAAUGGAACCAACGUUAAAAAUCUUUAUUUUUCACGGAAAAAAACAAUAAAUAAAAUGAAAAACUAUUUAUCAUGAAAAAGCAUAUUAAGUAUAUGAUGUGCUUAGUAUAUGAAGCAUUGCCAAAAAUUUAAAGCCUACCAAGGAUACAAAAAAUUGCAAUGCCUACAAAAAAGAUACCCAGCAUAAAAAAGUUAUCAGGCAUACUUUCAGAAAAAUAAUAAAGAAUUAUGAAGCUAAUGAAGAUUAUAAUAAAUAUCUCAACCGAUGUAUCUAAUUAUUAGUAUUAUAUUGUGAGCUAAACUUGAAAAUGCAACAUUAAACACCUUAAACACAAAAGUAAUACGAAUAAAAACAUUCCAAAAUUGCAAAAUAACUAGAUGUUUAUCAGUUGCCUCUCGACUAUAAAAAGUUAAUUUAAUAUAUAGAUUAUAAAAUAAAAACUUGAAAAAAAUUUAAGAAAUGAGUACU